UUAACUUUUAUUAGUUUUUAUAUUAACUUUUAAACAAAGUAAAUAAAUGAAGUCAUACAUACACAGAAACAUUUCCAGUGUCAUCCUUGGCUUAGAACGGAAACAGAAACUAUAAAAAUUAUAAAAAUAAAUUCAGAAACAUAACCUUACCUUUUAGCUACUACUUUGUGCAGGCGAUUUUUAAAAAGUGCAGUGCCUCGUACAAUGUUGCUGUACAUGUGCAUUUAAGAACCUAAAUUGCAGACCAAGUGUUAGCAGGCAGUUCACACUACCUCAACAACAACAUAACUUGUAGUGGGUAAAAACUCAAAGUUGUCAAGUGUUGGUUAAAAAGAACAACUGGUUCUUAUCAUAUUCUCUAAUAAUUGCAAUAAAAGCAAAAAUGGAAAAUCUGAUAUUUUAAGAAAUCCUGAUUAUGAUUAUGUUCAACUUCUACAGUUUAUUGUGCAAUAAAAUAUUUGCUUCCAGAAAAAUAUUUCUUUUUUUUCCAAAGUUACAUGUUCAUCAUGACAUGGAAUGUAUAUCUCCAUACAAAAGCCAUACAAUUCCUUAGAAAGAAAAAACAUACAACAAAAAAAUGAAUAAAUAAAAACAGGUUGUUUUAUGCAGCAGGGAAGAAGCAACAAAGUUAACAAAUAUACAUAUGAUUAUAGCCAAAUGUAAAAAUGAGUGUAGAGUUUAUAUAACUAUUCUUUCUUCCAUGUAGGGGAGUGGGGUUCAAGAUAUUGAAGAAAGAGAAAACAAACACUAUCUACUCCAAAAUAUUAGAUGGCAAAGAUCACUAAUUCUCACUAAAUAUUCUCUUUUUUUUUUAAACCCAAUAUAUUCUUAAUUUUGUUUAUUUUUAAAGCAUGAUGUUUGAUAGUGCAGUGGAUCUUUUGUUUUUAAUGCUUUUUUACAUUGGUAGCAACUGUUGAAGGGGUUGGGCAUUUAGACCUUACAGCCUGAGGCAGAGAGAAAGGAAGGCAUUCAUAUUAUAAACAGUUAUAAACACUCAAAAAUAUGUUUUUGAUUACAAAUGCAUUAAUGCAUUAAAAAUGCAUUAAACUAAUGUAAAGGCUGAUUAGCUAUUUUUUGAGUUUAAUAUUUUGAGUUUCAGAUCUGUAUUAUCUGUUUUGGGGUUAAAGGGGAUGGGACCAAAAUCUCAGCAGCUCCAGAUCUUGCCCUGCAAAACAAUGGCUCCAACCACAUCAUAUGAGUGCAGAAAUUUAGUGAUGCUAUAGUGGGAAUUGAAUAAGAGUAGGUCCAUUUGGAAUCUUUGAAGAGGGGUACAAUACAAAAACUCAGGGUGGUAUUAUUCUUGUAUUUUAUUGAUAUACUGCAUCAACACAAUAAAUUUAUAGAUGCUUAAAAAUAAACGUUUGCAGAUCUGUGCUUCAUUCCAAAGAUUGCUCUAAAAGAAAAGCACAAGUUUCUUUCCUUACCAGAAUGAGAGCAUACAGUGCACUCUACAUAUUAUUUAUAUUGUUUAAUUGAUUUAUUAUUUAUGAGUUGAGUUUUUAGACCUCUGACAUGGUGUCUUUAAACUGUAUCAUAGUGAAUAACACACCCCUUCUUCUGUCAAAAGUCUAAAUAGUUAUGAAAUGCAAUAAUGUUAAUUCAUAUAACUACAGUGCUGAGAGUUAUCACAACCACACAUUGAUACAGAAAACCAAACUUUGCACUUCAGGUUGUGUCCUAUAUGCACCUAUACUGACGGAUAAUCGCUAGGUUAAAACGUUUGGAUGUGACACAUCAUGCUGUAAUAAACGCUGGAGCAGAGAGCAUAUCCUUGAGACAGCGUGACUUUAAAACACUGGACUGUAACACGGUCAGAUAAAAGGAGAAAGUACAUUGUUCAUUUCCUGAUGAAGAAGAGCUGACGUUGUACUUUCUUCAACAGGCGAGGGGUGUUUCCAGUCCAGGAGAGAUCAGAGGAGAUGCGGAUGCUCUUCCACUUUCAGCUGUCCAGACCCUCCACCACUUCCCACAGCAUACAUGGAGAAGAGCGUGUUCAGUCCUCCGGGACUUCCAGUAAUCCACUGACCACCACUGUUUCAGAUGUUGGACCUGAUCGACCUCACCAAAAAGAAGCGUUUGUGGUACUUUGUUGGGGUAGUUUGUGUAUUUCUCCAGAAAUCUACAGUAUAGCCACAAUAUAGGGAUUUUGUCGCAACGAACAUGCCAGAGGUUCCAUAGCUAAAAUAAACAAAAUCGGGGACAAGGGGCAACCUUGUCUCACCCCCGAUUUGAUCUUGAUUGGAGGUGUAAGCCUGCCGUUUACCAAUACAGCACUGGCACAAUUAUUGUAUUGGAGAUGAAUCCAUUUUUGAAAAUUCCCACCAAACCAUAGUCUUAAAACUUCUUUUAAAUAAGAGUGACUUACACUAUCUAAGGCUUUUUCCAAGUCAAUCCCCAAAAUACAUAGAGGAUGCUUCCGUUCUUUACAAUAAAGAUAACAGUCUCUUAAAAAAAACCUAGGCUAUCCGUUAUUUUACGUCCUACUACUCCACAAGUUUGUUCCAUCCCAAUUAAGUUUCCCACAACUGACUGUAGUCGAAAGUAUAAAGCUUUGGACAAUAUUUUAACAUCAACCCCAAGCAGAGUUAAUGGUCUCCAAUUUUUGGGCUCAGUUGACCGCAGUCAUGUGGGUGGGUGUCAGCUUCAUUCACCUCUUUGAGAUCUGUGGAGUCAGUGGAUCCACUGUCGCACAAAACACGCGGAUCUUUUUCCUGGUUGGAAAGGCUGGAGCUAGAGAAAAAAACACGCCUCGGUAGCUGAACGUUGCCCCAUAAAGAACAGCGGCUGCUUCUUUUGGACACAAUGAGGCAGGUUUUGCCCACUCCAGCUGGGUUCGGUCCUUGGUUGUGACCCUGGUAACCCCACGCCACGCUGACAGCGCUCCAAGUAAGGUACUGCAACGCUCAUGGCUGGGUUCCUGCUACGCGCAUCAUGUCCCGCUGCUGCUGUCCCUACAACCAAUCAGAUCGCCAGACGCUCUCAUCACAGAGGAAGACGGCUCCUCGUCACGAUCGGGCAAGGAAGAAGGGUGCGUGUGGUCGUGGUUCUGCACAAACAAGCCCUUUACCUGCAACCUGUCAUGCUGCUGAUAAAACUAGAAGAUGUCUCUGCUGAGGGUUCCCAGGAGGAAGCAGAUCCUGAGCGUCCUGGAGAGCACCCCGCUCCCACUGAGGACUCCGACAGCGAACAUGAGUCCACCAAGAAGCCAAGAAAGGAGAAGGUGGUGGCCAUGCUGACAGAGGAGGAAGAAGAAUCCAUGGUGGAGUGGCUGAAGACCAACCCCAUUCUCUACAACCGCAAGCUGAAAAGCUACAAAGACACCAACAGGAAGGAGGCUCUGUGGCGUGAGAUGGCUGGUCAGAUGGGCCAGGACAUCCUCAUCCUGAAGACCUGGUACACCAGCCUGCGCACCAGGUACGGCCGCCUGAAGAAGCUCUGUGCAGAGAAGCAGUCCUCUGGGUUGACGGAGCGUGACUCCUGGAUACUAAAAUGCUUUGAGUUCCUGGCACCACACAUUCUUCCAGUCCUGAAGAGGAGAGGGAGAAGGAAGGUGGGUGUUAACACCAUCUCUGCCACUCUGAACGCCCCUUCUUACAAUGCCAGUCUGCCUGCUCCCUGUCCCAAGUCAGUUAAGUCCCAUUCCAUGACCCCCGUGAGUAGCAACCCUACCACCAGGCAAGCUUCUGUGGGUCUAAUCAUCCUGCUGAACAUUCUCAGCAGUUCCUGGUCCUACAACAGCAAGAGCUCCCCGAUCAGCGAAGACCAGAAGGUGACAAGGAACGAGACGCGUUUGCAGAGUGGCUCCGGUCAGCCAUGCACAACUUUGAGCACUCCAUCUGGAGGAGGUGCCAGCGUGAGCUGACUGACGUAAUGUACAGAUUUAUCGCAGAGAAUGAUGCUCUGAGGGUCGACGGCCAGCCUCUCUGUCAGUUUUCUGCUGGUCCGACCAGCCAGGGAAGAUUCCCAACAGAGCAAAAUGACCAGGAAGAAUAUAAGUGGCAGCCAAAAUAAGAGAUAAUGAGGCUUUCCAUAUUCUAAAGGAAAUAGCUUCAAUACUUCAUUUAUCAUCUCCUUUAGUGCAAAAGAAGUAGUCUUGAAAAGUAGGAAAUUUGCUAUUAUUACAUUCCAGUCUUGAAUUAGUAUGUAAAGAAAAAAGUUCUUAUAUUGAUUAUUAAAAAGAAAAAUAACUUGAAUUUUGAUCCACAAUAAAGGCAUCAAAGGUCA